AUCUGAUAGAUUUGCAAAUUUAGAAAAAAGAGGAAGAAAUCUUUCACAUUUGGAUCCUCAGAAUCUCUCAGCUUUUAGCCUUUUUCCUUAAAUUAAAGCAAAAGCUACCCUCACGCCACACCACACCACAUACCACACACUCUCUCUCUCUCUCUCUCUCUCUCUCUCUCUCUCCCAUUUCGUACACCCCUCCACCCAUAGCUAUGCUAUAAAAGUCACCCAUAAGCUCGUAUUACUUUCCCCGUAUAUUUUCUACUGUUUUCGUUCUGUUUUACGCAGACCCAUUUCACUAUUUCAGCAUAGAGGCUGAAAGAACAUUUUUUGAGCGGAUUUUCCUGGGAAUGGAGACGGCCAGACAGGUUUGUCGGCGGAAUUUGCAGGAGAGUGUUGAGGUUUGUGAUGGUUCACCGGAGCUGCAUGUUCUUGCCGUGGAUGACAGCCUGGUGGACCGGAAGGUCAUCGAACGGUUGCUGAAGAUCUCAUCUUGUAAAGUGACAGCUGUAGAGAGUGGGACGAGAGCUCUGCAGUAUCUGGGUUUGGAUGGAGAGAAGGGGAAGGGCUCCGUUGGUUUUGAUGGUUUGAAAGUUAAUCUCAUAAUGACGGAUUACUCAAUGCCAGGGAUGACAGGAUAUGAACUGCUCAAGAAGAUCAAGCAGGAAUCAUCACUUCUGAAAGAGAUACCAGUGGUGAUCAUGUCAUCCGAGAACAUCUUGACUCGUAUUGAUAGGUGUUUGGAGGAAGGGGCGGAGGAGUAUCUAGUGAAGCCAGUAAAAUUGGCAGAUGUGAAACGUUUGAAAGAUUUCAUAAUAAGAGGGGAAGGAAAAGAUAGUGGAGAAACAAGAAUACGCAAGAGAAGGCGACAAGAUGAUCACACUUCCUUACCACAGUCAGUGCCACUAUCAUCAUCACCAGCACUUGCUUUUGAUCCAUUAUCUACCCUAAUGCCAUCAUCAUCACCAUCUGCAUGUUCGACAAAGAGGGCCAAACUACGCAUCUAAGAUUAAUUUGCCAUACGUUGCAUUUGAGCGGCAAUUUUUGUUAGCACCCAUCCUUGCUUGGUGUUUUUGUUUGGUUUGGAUGAUUUUUUUUUUCUUUUUUUUUUUUUUCCUUUUUUUCCACAUUUUACACUGGUCCACACAAUUUCUGACUAAUGUAACUAGGACCAGAAAUAGAUAAAAAAGGAGAUAGAAGAAUCAGAAAUAGUUGGAAAUAUUUUUUUUUUUGUUUUCUCUCUUCCUUUGUGUAAAGAUGAAGUUCCUUAUAAUCAAUGAAGUCCCAAAAAUUUUGAGGGGUC